AUGCCGUCUGCCGUGAAACCCCCGCAGACCCUGUACGACAAGGUGUUCGAGGACCACAUUGUCGAGGAGAAGGCGGAUGGCACAGUUCUGCUCUACAUCGACAGACAUCUGGUCCACGAAGUGACAUCACCACAAGCUUUCGAGGGCCUCCGCAAUGCCGACCGCAAAGUACGGCGACCGGACUGCACGCUUGCCACAGUCGACCACAACAUCCCGACCAUCUCGCGGAAGAACCUCACAACCACGGAGAAAUUCAUCGAUGAGGCCGACUCGCGGACGCAGGUCAUGACGCUCGAGGACAAUGUCAAGGCAUUCGACCUCACGUACUUUGGCAUGGGCGACAAGCGACAGGGCAUCGUCCACAUCAUCGGUCCGGAGCAGGGCUUCACGCUCCCCGGCACAACCGUCGUCUGUGGCGACAGCCACACGUCGACACACGGCGCAUUCGGCGCCCUCGCGUUCGGCAUCGGCACCAGUGAGGUCGAGCACGUCCUGGCCACGCAGACGCUCCUCACAAAACGCAGCAAGAACAUGAAGGUCCAGGUCGACGGCGAACUGGCGCCCGGCGUCAGCAGCAAGGACAUCAUCCUGCACGUCAUCGGCAUCAUCGGUACCGCAGGCGGCACAGGAGCAGUCAUCGAGUUCUGCGGCUCGGCCAUCCGCAGCCUCAGCAUGGAGGCCCGCAUGUCCAUCUGCAACAUGUCCAUCGAGGGUGGCGCACGAGCGGGAAUGGUCGCGCCCGACCAGACCACCAUCGACUACUUGAAGGGACGCCCGCUGGCACCCCAGGUCGAUAGCCCAGAGUGGAAGAAGGCCUGCAGCUACUGGCUGAGCCUCAAGUCGGACGAGGACGCCAAGUUCGACCACGAGAUCUACAUCGACUCCAAGGAUAUCGCCCCGACCGUCUCGUGGGGCACAUCGCCGCAGGACGUUGUCCCCAUCACCGGCAAGGUCCCCGGCCCCGAGGACUUUGACGACGAGGUCAAGAAGGAGGCCUGCAAGCGCGCCCUGAAGUACAUGGGCCUGACUGCCGGCACGCCCAUGCAAGAUGUCCAGGUCGACAAGGUCUUCAUCGGCUCUUGCACAAACGCCCGCAUCGAGGACCUGCGCGCGGCCGCAAGCGUCGUCGAGGGCAAGAAGGUCGCCUCGAACAUUAAGCACGCCAUGAUCGUCCCCGGCUCCGGUCUCGUCAAGCGGAAAGCCGAGCAGGAGGGUCUCGACAAGAUCUUCAUCGAAGCCGGCUUCGACUGGAGAGAAGCCGGCUGCUCCAUGUGCCUGGGCAUGAACCCCGACAUUCUCGCCCCCGGCGAGCGCUGCGCAUCGACAUCGAACCGCAACUUCGAAGGCCGACAGGGCGCUGGCGGCCGCACCCACUUGAUGUCCCCCGUCAUGGCCGCCGCCGCCGCCAUCGUCGGCAACCUUGCUGACGUCCGCAAGCUCGCGCCCUCGACGUCCUCGGCCGCAAAAGGCUCCCCCAAGGUCGAGGUCGCACAUGUGCACGACGCCGAGUCGGACGAGGACCUCGACAGGAUCAUGGACCUGCCCGAGCAGAACCAAGCCACGCACUCGGAAAAGACGAGCACCAAGGGCGCCAGCGUGGGCAUGCCCAAGUUCGAAACCCUCCGCGGCUACGCGGCGCCCAUGGACAUUGCCAACAUCGACACCGACGCCAUCAUCCCCAAGCAGUUCCUCAAGACCAUCAAGCGCUCUGGGCUCGGCACCGCGCUGUUCCACGCCUGGCGCUACGAGGCGGGCAGCGACAAGGAAGACACAUCGUUUGUGCUGAACCAGGAGCCGUACCGCCAGGCCAAGAUCCUCGUCUGCACCGGCCCCAACUUUGGCUGCGGCUCCAGCCGCGAGCACGCGCCCUGGGCCCUCCUCGACUUCGGCAUCAAGUGCAUCAUCGCGCCCUCGUUCGGCGACAUCUUCUUCAACAACACGUUCAAAAACGGCAUGCUGCCGCUGCGCAUCACGGACGCCGCGCGCCUCGCCGCCAUCGCCGCAGAGGCCAAGGCCGGCCGCCAGAUCGAAGUCGACCUCGUCAACCAGGUCAUCCGCGCCGCGGACGGCACGGAGCUGAGCACCUUUGACGUCGAGGAGUUCCGCAAGCACUGCCUCGUCAACGGGCUGGAUGACAUUGGCCUCACCAUGGCGAGCGAGGACGCGAUCCAGAGACACGAGGCGAAGCGCUCGAGCGUCUGGCCGUGGCUCGAUGGCUCGGGCUAUCUGGCCAGGCAUGGCAAGGGCCCCGUGCGGGUCGAGGCUGCAAAGCUGCCGAGGACGAAUCGUGGGGAGGCGCUGAACGAGCCGCUGGACUGGUAG